AUGGACCCUCUAGUCUUCAUCCCCCACCUGGAGAAGAAUGAAGGAGGCAUGGAGUGCUCAAGAAAGCGGAACCGGCCCGGCGCCGCCCACCUGCAGCUGCGGUGGGACAGCGCGCGGACCCGUGCCUGGGAGGCCUCCGCGCUCGUGCACGCGUUGUCCCUUCCGUCGGGCGCGGCCUGUCCCCGGCUGGGCUUCGCGGUGGACCCGGCACGCCCGCCGCCAGGGCCCCACCUGGCCUCUUCCCUCCGGCCGGGGUCGGGGCUCCCCCGGCAGCCCGCGCCCUCGCGCACCGCCCGGCGGCUGCAGCCCGGCUUUCCCCGCGGGCAGCGCCUCCCCCUCCGCGGAUCUCUCACCCGGAGCGCAGGGUCUGCCCACGUUCCUCCGCCCAGAACCGGGCCUGACGUCCACCAGGCGCUCGGAGCGCCGCUGCCUGCGUCAAACGGCUCAUUCGUCGGCCGGCGCUCUGGGGUCGGUUUCCGGCCUGUGCGCAGCCGCCAGGACCGCGCGGCCGGGGCAGCCGCCCCGCUCCGGGCCUGCGCGUCUCCCCAGCCCCGGCGGGGGGACUCGCGGGGUGCUCGCGCCCUAGAGGCAGCCCAGGGGCGGCCCCGCGCACGCGCCCUCUCGGCACGCGCCUCCCGGGCCCCGGCGGCCAGCCUCCCGGGCGCGCCUGCGGCGGCGGUGGGCAGGCCCGGACCCUGCCAGCGGCCCACCUGCCCCGCCCCGCCCAGGGCCUCCCUGCUUCCCGGGCGCGGGGAGGCCCGGCCUGUCCGCCCCCAGGAGCCUGGCGCGCCCAGGCGUGACGGGCCCCAAGGAAAGAUGAGAGUAAUCGAGGAGGGACACAGAGUCACAGAGGAGGAGGACAUGUGAAGAAGGAGACAGAGACUGGGGUGAUGUGUCCACAAGCCAAGGAGCACCAGGGUUGCUGCAGCUGCCAGGAGCUGGAAAGGGGCCUGGAACAGAUUCUCCCUUGGAGCCUCCGGAAAGAACCAGCCCUGCUAGUUAAUGCCUUGAGUUUGGACUUCUAGCCUCCAGAAUAGUGAGAAAAUAAAUACGUGCUGUUUUAAGCCACCAAGA